CAGGGGCCCGAUACUGGAAAACAUUAAGGUAACGCGGAGUAUUUUACUCUACUCUUUGCGAACGCCAGUUUUCUGUGCGCCAGCAUAACAAAGCCAUACCUCAAGGUUUGCUGGGAUUGGCGCAGACGCCUCAAAUUGUGCUCAUUGGCUGCCGGGGGUGAUACGUCACUGACUCGACGUCACACGCAAGGCAACCAAUCACAAGAAGACUCUCUUAUCGCCGAGUGAGUCAUGAGGGCAUUGUUUACAUACUGUGGCGCCACAGUCGAGUUUCUAACCAUGGCGCUUCCAUACGUAAAACAUCAGCGGAGGCCAAAAUUCUCUGAAACUGAGGCAUUGACCUUGGUGGAGGAGGUGGAGCGGCGUCGCCACAUAAUUCUAGGAAGGCUGGAGGGAUCAAAAGUGACGGGGGAGAAAAAACAGCGAGCGUGGGAGGAGGUGACAGCUCUCGUCAACGAGGUCAGCCGUGUCGGGAGGACAGAAGAGGAGUGCCGCCGCAAGUUCAAAGACUUACGAAGCCUGGUGAAGGUUAAGGCGGGCAAAGAGCAGAGGCACCUCGCAGGCACCGGUGGGGGACCUUCAGACACCACCAGCUACACAGCUGUAGAGGAGGUGGUGUUAAGGAUGAUGUCCCCUGUGGCAGUCACAGGACUACCACUCCCCGACAGUCAGGGUGCCACAAUGAGGUUGUCAGGUUCUGUGGAGGAACCGCAGCCUUCCACCAGCAGUGGUGUUGGUGUCUCAUUGGGGGACUCCCAAUUUAUUGAAAUUUUCAACUUAGAAGAGAACACCACUAUAAGCUUCACGGAUGCAGCUGCUGGUGAGGUUGCUGCCCGGCCUGCCUCUACCCUCCACCCUGUCGCUUCCCAGCCUGCUGCAACUCCUCAGCCCUUCACUUCCCCCCGGCCUGUCCCUUCCCAGCCUGCCGCUACCCACCGGCCUGUUGCUUCCCAACCACCACUACCAGGUGCCCAGAGAAGAAGGCGCAGAACUCCUGCAGUUGCUCACUCCAAAGACCUGGAGGUUCUCGCCCAAGCUCAGGUCACACAAGUGGAUAUGCAGUGCAGCCUGGAUGCUCUCGUCAUGAUCCAGAGGGAGCAAGGGGAGGCACUGCAGAGGUUGGUGCAGGCCAUUGAGCAGAUGGCUGCAACGCAGCAGCAGGUUCUGGAGAACAUGGCAGCACAGAGAGGCAUGAUGGCCUCUCUGCAGGAGACCCCUGCCGUCAAGCCCUUCCUCUCCCAGGAGAACAAGGAGGAGCGACUAGGAUUCGCACUUGAGUAUAUUACUGCGGCAGACGACUUCUGGGACAAUGUUGUGUUCUGCGAUGAAAAGACUUUCUCCUCUGAUGCACAUGGAGGGCUGCAUUGCUGGAGGCCAAACAACACGAGGUAA